AUGUUUGUUAAUGUUUAUAAAAUUAGUUUUAUUUUUAUUAUUUUAAUAAAUAUUUUUCCAUACAUUUUAACUAGCGAAGGAGAUAGAUCGCCUUUUUAUCAAAACUCCGUUAAGAGUUGCUUGAAAGCUAAUUGUACUGAUGGGGGAAGGUCUUUUACACCAAGUGCAGCUAAGCAACUUGAGAUUUCCAGUCGGCUUUUGUGGAACUGUAGAGAUGAGUGCCGCUACCAUAGUAUGUGGCGUACAGUGCAGGGCUUUCAAGAAAGGGGUUACCAAACACCAAAGUUUCACGGCAAGUGGCCGUUUAAAAGAAUUCUGGGCGUGCAAGAGCCGGCGUCAGCGUUCGCUUCGUUUCUGAACUUAGCAGCACAUGUCUACAUGCAUGUGGAGAUGACUCGGCAGUUCCCCGUGGACAGCACUCCGAUAGUCCUCUUCUGGCAUUUCUUUGCAGCGGUGUGCAUGAACGCGUGGAUUUGGUCCAUAAUUUUCCACACCAGAGACAACCCGUUCACUGAGUUUAUGGACUAUGCUUGUGCGCUGUCUAUGGUCAUGAUUUUGUAUGCAGCUGCUGUUGUCAGAGUUUUCCAUAAAAGGAGGAAAACUGUGGCUGUGAUUCUAGUUUUAUCAGUCUUGUACUAUGUUGAACACGUGCAAUACCUGUAUUCGGAGAGUGUGGACUAUGAGUAUAACAUGAUGGUCAAUAUCUUCUUUGGUGUGGUGGGCUCGUUGAUAUGGCUGACGUGGGCGUGCGUGCAGUGCCUGGGCGGGCGCGGGUACGCGUGGCGCGUGGUCGCGUUCGUGGCGCUGUCGGGCGCCGCGCUGGCGCUGGAGCUGCUGGACUUCCCGCCGCUGUACCACGCCUGGGACGCGCACGCCCUCUGGCACUUGACCACUGCACCACUUGUCCCGCUCUUCUACAGGUUUGUCAUAGACGACUUGAAAUACACACAAAAAGCACAAAGAAGCGAAAAGAGUGAUUACAAAUUGACAUAA